AGUUGGGAGAGCCAAGAGGGCAUUGCCUAUCACUUCACUGGCAAGGCUGAGGGGAAAGCAGAAUUAAGAAGAGCUUCAAUGGCUGUUUCUUCCAUAUCUUCUUCGACAUUAGUCCCUUCUCUUUCACUCCUCUCAUCGUCUUCGUUGAAUUCGAAGGCAAACUUCUCCUUUUCCUUCUUCCACGCUGGUACUAACACCUUUAAGCUUCAAAGCUCAAAGCCUCUGCUAUCUUCAACUAGGGUUUAUGCUGCUCCCGAAGUAUUGGAUUCCCCAGAUUCCGCUGAAGUUUCUCAACAAACCCCAGAUGACUCCGACUCCUCCACCCUUGAGGUUGGAGACUUGGGGAGUCCAAGCACCUCGUCUCUUAGCAUUGGUGCAGAUGCAGAUGCGAUGGCACCAAAGCAGAAGAUUAGAAUCAAACUUAGAUCUUAUUGGGUUCCCCUGAUAGAGGAUUCAUGCAAGCAGAUAAUGGAUGCAGCAAAAAGUACCAAUGCAAAAACCAUGGGUCCUGUACCAUUGCCAACUAAGAAACGAAUCUACUGUGUUCUUAAAUCUCCGCAUGUGAACAAGGAUGCCCGGUUCCAUUUUGAGAUAAGAACCCAUCAGCGUCUCAUUGAUAUUCUAUAUCCUACUGCCCAAACAAUAGAUUCUUUGAUGCAACUUGAUCUUCCUGCUGGUGUUGAUGUGGAGGUCAAACUUUAAGGAUAUCUACUUCUGGAGGUUGUUGAUCAUAUUGCACUCUAGGAGUUUAACUUUUCAUGGGAACACUUUUUUUGGCAGAGAAGAGGACAUCCUUUCCAAAUUAGGUUGAGUUUAACUGCAGGAACAUGUGUGUUGAGCAGUAUAAAAAUUCGUAGAUCAUCCACAUCAACGGCGAAGCAUAAUGAGAAGUCGAGUGGAAUAUUGAUUUUGAAUGAAACCACCACGGCAAUACUCUUUUCCGUUUUCAUUCGUUAUGUAUAUUUUCAGUGAUUCUCCUUCAGUUGUAUUAGUUAUAUGUCAUUGAAGUUUAGUGUAUUAUGUUGAUGGUGAGCUAAAUGUGAGGCAUACAAGUGCAUGUGCUCUCUGCUGUUUAUGAAUACCAUUUUAGUUUUCCAGGUUCUACUGGUAGCUCCAGCUGGAUUCACCGAUGAAGUACUUGCAUUAAUCCCAACUAAAGUCGUAGAUUAGAGUUUAGAGGCUUGUUUUCCCUUUUUUUUUUUUUAAUGCCCCAUGUGGAAUUUAUGUAUCCUCCGGAUGGGAUGAUCCUAUGUUUCUGUUGUUGAAUUACAGUUCACACCGUAUGAACAGUAA